AUGAACCGGUCUAGCAGUUACAUUGGUAGCAGCGAGUGCCGACCCCGACCACCUCUUGUCAAGGAGUGCACGCCUUGGUAAGUUGAAAAUAAGCACGGUGGAUCUCAUCUGAGGUAUACCAUGCAUCAAGUCUCCAAUUUUUUUAACAGAAGCUUCUGGUGUAGAUUAUUAGUUUACUCUUAUAUAUACAGUUUAGUAAGUAGAGUAGAGACAGCUGUAUAAUGCAAAAUGAGAAUUGAGAAUGAGAGCCAGAAAAUGAAAAAGACGAAUGAAGAAGAAUAAUCGAGAAUAUAGUGAGAUGAAGAUAAUAUUGAGAAAGUGAUACAGAGCGAAUUAUGAGGAAAAUUGAGUGAUACUGAAAAUGAAUGCGAAAAAUGAGUGAAAAUGAGUAAUGAAUGCGAAAAUUAUGGAAGAGAGUAUGGAAGAAUCGAAAAUGAAAUGAGAAACCGGGAAAAUGGAGAGUCGACAAAUUUGAGAUCGCGAAAUGGGAGAAUCAGCUCCCGCAACCAUGACGAUGGUGAAUAUCAAGGCAAUUUUGGCCGAAUUGCAAAGGAACGCACAUUUCACAUGAGAUGUGCAUUCUACCAAAAUAUGGAACAAAAUCCUACAAAACCGCUCCGGUUUCGUUCUUUUUCAGACCAAAAAUCGAUUUUCGGAAUCGUGACGACUACUACAAGCCACAUCACGAGGACAAUCAGACCAUCACGGUAAGUCCGGGAAAAACGAAGUUUGGUCGUUGUAUCAUUUACAACCAUGCGAUUGUAUACGAUUGCACAGAAGCGUAA